UAGAGUGGAAGCUGUGAAAUAGAGUAAUUGAUUAUAUAAACAGAGGAAGGCUUAGAGCUUACGUUUUAAAUAUUGAUUGAGGAAAGAGGAGAGAAAAAGGGAAGCAAGAGAAAUUUAAGGGUCCUUGCAAUUCUCAUGAACAGUGGAGUCGUGUUGGGUUUCUAUUGCUGGGGUUGGGAAUUCUUAACCGCUCUUCUUCUCUUCUCCCCCUUAACUAUCCUUGUCAAUCCACCAUCCUCGUCGUCGUCUUCUUCUUCUUAUUCUUCUUCUUCCUCCUCAUAGAUAGAAACCGGCAUAGAGAGAAAGAAAGGAAGGAGAAGAACUUGCGGAAUAUAUAUACUAAUGGAGGAUGUGAAGAAUAAAGAGUCGUUGGAUCAGUUACAUGCAAGCAGGAAGUCGAACCCACCACCCUUCUUGUUAAAGACAUACAUGCUGGUGGAGGAUCCGGCCACCGACGGCGUCAUAUCUUGGAACACCGACGGCACGGCGUUUGUGGUGUGGCAGCCGGCGGAGUUUGCCCGUGACCUUCUUCCUACUCUCUUCAAGCACAGCAACUUCUCCAGCUUUGUUCGCCAGCUGAAUACAUAUGGAUUUCGUAAAGCGGCGACGAACAGAUGGGAAUUCUGCAACAACAAGUUUAGGAAGGGGGAGAAAGAAAAACUAGGUGAGAUUAGACGAAGAAAGGCAUGGGCGAACAAGCAACAACAACAACCAGCUACGACAACACAAGCUAAUCAUCAGGAAUAUUCUGAGGAAGACCAAAGGUCUUCUUCGACUUCUUCAUCUUCUGGAUACUCUACUCUCGUCGAUGAAAACAAGAGACUCAGGAGAGAGAAUGGGGAGUUGAACUCUGAGCUCGCGGCCAUGAAGAGGAAGUGCAGGGACCUGCUCGAGCUCGUGGCCAAGCAUGCCAAGAAAAACGAGGAAGAAGACGAGAGGCCUAUGUUAUUUGGGGUCAGGCUUGAUGUGAGCCAAGGACAGAGAGACAUGAAGACAGAGACACUUAAAAAAGAAGGGCAAUAUUUCGUCCACGCGCCGCGAAAGCUCAACAGUCCGCUCCAGCUCGCACAACGCAUGAAGUUGUUGACCGUCCCUUGAAGUUCGUCAUCCGCCGCUGUCUCCGUUAGCCGUUGCCGCUCCAGAUCUAUCUUGAUGUUGCCGAAAUAGCCUUGUUUGGGACGUGUCAGACACGGAUUGGGGCUCGCUUUUUGCUCCGUGAUUGUAAUCUCAGGUAUGAGAAAUUCAAAUAUCCUUUUGAAGAUAAGAACGCUGUGGGAUUGAAAUUGCAAAAGGGCAAAGAUUAGAAGUGACUUGUCUGAUGCAUUUACCUUGAUUCGUGAUUCGUGAUGUCUGCAAUGAUACCCCUGAGAUCGCAGGGGUGUUGUUCAGGAGAUUAGAAACUUGCUAGACAGAAAUGAUUCAUUCUUUGAUGUUCAGUUUUGUUGAUUGAGUUUGUGAUUUGAGAUUGAAUUGUU